AUGGCCGCUGCUCUGCCCCGUGGGGUGUGCGGUCGCCAGUGCUGCAGUGAGGGUGUGUGGCUCAUAGCUGCACAGCUGAUGGUAAGACAUUUAUUUGUACUUUUUUCCCCCACUGAUUUUUCUAACUUCAAUGCAAAUCAAUAUGCCCUAGAUACUAAUGGAAUGGCUUCUGGAAAAUUGCAAAUUGGGAUUAUCUUCCUCAGUCAGAAUGGAGUCGGGAUCCUGGGGAAUGCCUAUCUCCUUUAUUUUUAUAACUUCACUUUAUCUGGAUACAAAUCAAGACCCAUAGACCUGAUUCUCACUCAAUUAGCCUUAGCCAAUGUCUUGGUCCUUUGCUCUAAAGGGAUACCGCAGACAAUGGCAACUUUUGGAUUGAAAUAUUUUCUGGAUAAUACUGGAUGUAAACUUGUCUUUUAUAAUCACAGAUUGGCCACAGGAGUUUCCUUCAGCACUCUCUGUCUCCUCAAUGGAUUGCAAGCCAUUAAACUCAAUCCCAGCAUAUGCAGGUGGUUGGAGCUAAAGAUCAGAUCCCUAAAGUUCAUUGGCUUCUGUUGUUUUCUCUGCUGGAUCCCGCAUCUCUUGAUAAAUACAAGUAUUCUUUUUAUAGUGAAUGGGCCAUUGAAUACCAGAAACCUUAGUGCGAAAAACACUUAUGGAUACUGUUCCUGGACAAUGCAGGAAAGUUUUGCCAUACUAUAUACUGUCAUAUAUUUUUCCCCUGACUUUAUGAGUUUGAGCUUCAUGGUUUGGCCCAAUGGCUCCAUGAUCUUUGUCCUGCAGAGACACAAGCAGCGAGUCCAACACAUUCAUAGGAACAAACUCUCCUCCAGACCUUCCCAUGAGGCCAGAGCCACAAGCACCAUCUUGAUCCUAGUGAGCUCCUUUUUUGCUUUCUAUUCAGUCUAUACUAUUCUGACAAUUUGGGUGACUCUAGAUGCAAACCCAGGCCAGUGGGUGGUGAACAACUCUGUGUUUGUGGCCUCAUGUUUUCCAGCUCUCAGCCCCUUUGUGCUCAUCUUCAGUGAUACCCGUGUCUCUCAGUUCUGCUUUGGAUGUAGGGCAUGGUAAACCCUUUUUCCUGAGCUGGUUGCCAUGCCAUGAGUGUGUUCUCUUCAUGGAAUUCAGUCAUUUAUUUAAAUAUUUAGGAACUAUUAAGUGCUGGUAAUUUGUGAUACCAACAUAAACAUGGGCUGUAUUGUCCCUGUCUAGAGCUAAAAAUUAAUAUCAUGGAUCCUGCUGUACAAAGAACACCCAAUCCAACUGUGUUAGGUACUUUAGGGGUGAAGUUCAGGGAAUCUCAAAAUAAGUUGAUGCAAGGAAACAUUUUUGUUUACAGAUUUAGGGGAAAUACCUCAUUAUGAGGGAUUUUUUUUUUUUUUUUUUUUGAGACAGAGUCUCACUCUGUCACCCUUGCUAGAGUGCAGAGAGUCAUCAUAGCUUACUGCAGCCUCAAACUCCUGGGCUUACGCGAUCCUCCUAGCGUGUUCAUGCUUG